AGGAGAAGUGGGAGCUAGAAGCCGGAGGGGGCGGCCGCGGAGCGGGGGCGCCGAGGAGCGCCCGAGCCUCCUGCCUUCUCCGGCCGCGCCCCGUCCGCCCGCAGCCUCGCGGCGCUAGCCUCGACCGGAUCCGGCAGGCGGGGCGCGCUCGCCGCGCGCAGAAUGUGGCCGAGAACAAGGCUCUGGCCCCGCGCGCCCUGGCCCUGGGCGUUGGCGCUGCUGACCCUGGGCGGUGCGGGGCUGUGCCAUGCCGGCCCGCAACCCAUGCACCCCGCGCGGCCGGGCGCCAGGAACAAGAACUGGUGCGCCUACAUCGUGAACAAGAACGUGAGUUGCUCUGUGCUGGAGGGAAGUGAGAGUUUUAUUCAGGCUCAGUACAACUGUCCCUGGAACCAGAUGCCCUGUCCGUCCGCGCUGGUGUAUCGUGUGAACUUCAGACCCAGAUAUGUCACCAAGUACAAGACGGUGACUCAGUUGGAAUGGAGGUGCUGCCCUGGCUUUAGAGGGGGAGACUGCCAGGAAGGUCCCAGGGACCCUGUGAAGACUCCCCGCCCCACGCCCGCUCGGCCUCGAAACAGCGUGAAGAAAGCCACAGAUAAUGAACCAAGCCAAGUCUCAGAGCCCAAGAAGAUUUUGCCACCAACUCGUGCCACAGAACCAAGUCAAGUCAUAGAUCCGAAAGGGGGGGCGCAAGAACUUCAGGAAAAAAAAAUCCAGGUGCUUGAGGAGAAGGUUCUCCGACUCACAAGAACAGUUCUUGAUCUCCAGUCUUCCAUUGCUGGAGUGAACGAAAACCUCAAACAUGCCGUUCAGGAUGAUGCCAGCAAAAUGCUGGCAUCAUGGCUCAGUAAUCUGCAUCCCCAGCCAGUGCCUGACAGUGCCAUUGGUGGAGACACAGAAACUGUCCAGCUUCCUGAUGUCCUCAACAAUAAGGAAUCUGGCAUGAAGGACAUCAAAUCCGAAUUGGCCGAGGUCAAGGAUGCUCUGAAGACCAAGAGUGACAAGCUGGAAGAGCUGGAUGGGAAAGUGAAGGGGUAUGAAGGACAGCUCAAACAGCUCCAGGAGGCUGCCCAGGGCCCUACGGUGACCAUGACGACCAAUGAACUCUACCAAGCCUAUGUUGAUAGUAAGAUUGAUGCCCUGAGAGAGGAGCUCAUGGAAGGAAUGGACAGAAAGCUGGCCGACCUGAAGAACUCAUGCGAGUAUAAGCUGAUUGGUCUCCAGCAGCAGUGUGAUGAUUAUGGGAGCAGCUACCUGGGAGUGAUUGAGCUAAUAGGAGAGAAGGAAACAAACCUGAGAAAAGAAAUAAACGAUCUUCGAGACCGGGUACAAGAUCCUUCAGCUCGGUCCAACUGCUGUAAUAGUGAAAAGAAUGGUGACUUUGGGCCACAGAUCAAGAUGUUAGACCAGAAAAUCGAAAGGGUUGCUGAAGCCACCAGAAUGCUGAAUGCACGCCUGGACAAUGAAUUUGACCGCCUUGUAGUUCCAGAGCCAGAUGUGGACUUUGAUGCACGAUGGAAUGAACUAGAUGCGAGGAUCAAUGUGACAGAAAGGAAUGCGGAAGAACAUUGCUUCUACAUUGAAGAAACCCUUCGGGGGACCAUUAAUGGUGAGGUAGAUGACUUGAAGCAACUUCUUGAUCAGAAAAUCCAGUCUCUGGAAGAGCGCCUGGGGAGUGUUCUCCUGGAGGUGGCCAAUAGCACUGAUGCAGAACUCAUUCCCCCAGCCUCAGCCCUGCCAGGUGUGUCAGGGGCUGGGAGCAAACAGGUCAUGAUAGAGUUAAACCACCUGAAGAGCAAAGUUCAAGUUGUUGAGGAUAUUUGCCUGCAGAACUUUCAGGGAGAGCCUCAUGGGAUAGAAGAUACUUUGCCAAAUGGAGAAGACCACAUAGCGGGUGAUAGUUUGAACCUUUUGAAAUCUCUGAAUGACACAAUGCAUAGGAAGUUUCAAGAAACCGAACGUAGCAUCCAGAAACUUCAACAGGAUUUUAGUUUUCUUUAUUCUCAACUAAACCACACAGAAGACGAUGUGAAUCAUCUCCAGAAGGAGUUAAACAGUUGUAGAGAAGGUAAAAAUGCUGCAGUGGGGGGGUUCUCUAAGGGGGGUGAGAAGGAAAGGACGGUGGAGCCCCUCCCAUCUCCCCAGGACCCCAUGGCUCAUUGCUGCAGCCACCUGGAGGAGAGGUGGCAGCGGCUGCAGAGCCAGGUCCUCUCUGAACUGGACACUUGUAAGGAGAACACACAUGGGGUCCAGAGGGACAUGUCUGUGGUUGAGAGCAGGGUGUCUCAUAUGGAGAAAGCCUGCAGCAAGCUGGACUCCAUCUCCGGAAGUCUUCAGAGGAUCAAGGAGGGGCUCAACAAGCAUGUCAACAGCCUCUGGAGUUGUGUCAGGCAGAUGAAUGGGACACUCCGGUCACAUUCCAGAGACAUAUCUGGCCUGAAGAAUUCAGUCCAGCAGUUCUAUAGCCAUGUUUUCCAGAUUUCUACUGACCUGCAAGACCUGAUCAAAUUUCAGCCAUCAGCAACGGAGGAGCCCUCAGAAGCAACGCAGCCCCCACCGCGAGGGAAGGCCCCACAGGUGCCUGGAAGGCCCUCCCACCCAGGGCCAGUGGAGGCCCCCACGGAGGCCUCUCAUCCCAAGCCAACCCCUCUGCCGAGGCCAAGUGCUCCCCCGCUUCCUGAGGACCCUGGAAAACGUCCGCCCACAGGCCAGCAGCCUGUCCUACCCAAGAGACCCCUGCAGCCACUGCCCCCACCAGCAUGGCCGCGCUGGACGGGGCUGCCCUUCCUGCCUGGCUCCACUGGGGUCAUUAUGGAGACUGGAGAGGCCGGGCCUCCAGGGAGGAUGGGCGUGUCAGGGCGGGGCCUGCCCCAAGGAGUGGAUGGCCAGACGGGGCAGGGACCCAUCCCCAGUGCCGAGGGCUUUGCAGGAGCACCAGGAUAUCCCAGCUCACCUCCUGUGGCCUCCCCAGGGACUCCAGCGCCUUCUCUGGUGUCUUUCUCUGCGGGGCUCACCCAGAAGCCUUUCCCCAGCGAUGGGGGUGUCGUCCUCUUUAACAAAGUGCUGGUAAAUGACGGGGACGUGUACAACCCCGACACUGGGAUCUUCACGGCUCCAUACGAUGGGCGCUACCUGAUCACAGCCACCCUCACUCCUGAGAGGGACGCGUACGUGGAAGCUGUCCUGUCGGUCUCCAAUGCCAGUGUGGCCCAGCUGCAUACAGCCGGCUACAAGAGGGAAUUCCUGGAAUACCACCGGCCCCAGGGGGCUCUACACACUUGUGGGGGCCCAGGGGCGUUCCACCUCAUCGUGCACUUGAAGGCAGGAGAUGGUGUCAACAUCGUGGUGACUGGGGGCCGCUUGGCUCACACGGACUUUGAUGAAAUGUACUCCACGUUUAGUGGGGUUUUCUUAUAUCCUUUCCUUUCUCACCUCUAGGGUGCCUGGGGAAAGGGAAGAGGAAAGAUAGUUGUGAGAACUGGGAAGCUUUAAUAUAUGCAGUUUAUUAUGUAUGUUAACUGGAGCACUGGUCUAAUUUUCUGCAGACUCCCCAACACCUCCCCCAAGAUACAGACCUUACCUGGCUGCUGAGGCCACACACCCGAGAGUUCCCAGGCAGGUGGUGAGGACACAUGUGCCUGAUGGGGCCACCACCUUCUGUCAUUCCGACUGGACACCUGAGGAGCUGGGGCCUCCCCUGCGGCUUCGCUCACAGAGCCUGUGCCGGGCACGUUGGGUGCUAACCGCGGAGCUUAAUCUGCUGCCCAGAUCCUUUGCCAGGAUCUUGCUGAUGGAGAAGAGCUGCUGGGCUGCAGGGCUGAGAGGCGGCGGGCCGGCAAAGUGGUUCCUGUGGACGCAGUCUGCAUUUACACUGCCUGCAGGAGAGAAGUUCAGAUGCACUGAAGUGCCAAGGUGGCACGUGCCACCCCAGAGACCUCAGGUCUCCAGGGUGGGCUGUCCCAGGGCUGGUUGGCACCGCUCACUUGGGCCCAUGCCCAGCUGUGAAGGAAGGCACAGGGGGCUUGUGCAGCUCGUGGGGCUCCUUGAAUGACAUGUACAUUUGAAGUGCAAAGACAGGGAGUGUCAAUAAAGAUGAAAAACCACUUCAGGUUACUCCAGUCUGGUGCCUUAUGGACUGAGAGUUGCUAAAAAGCAAACUGCAGAAAGGUAAUUUUUUUAUGCUUGUAGAAAGUAAGCUUGAAUAAAUCUCAGCCAUAUCACUGUUA